AUGGCAUCAGGAGGCAAAGCCGCACACUCGCUUAUCAGUCCCAGAAGGUUAACGACGCUGUUUGCGUCUCUGCUGGUCGCACUGGGAGCGGGGACGAACUAUGUUUAUUCUGCAUACGCACCGCAAUUAGGCGCACGGCUAAAGAUCAACCACACUCAAUUGAAUAUAAUAGGACUUGCCGGGAAUGUUGGCGUAUAUAGCUCGGGCCCUAUAUGGGGUAGAAUAGUGGAUAAGAGAGGGCCACAGCCUCUUCUCAUUACUUCGGCGUGCUUCCUGCUACUCGGUUACCUGGGGAUUCGACGUGUGUACGAUGCUGGACCAGGCGCUUACGAUGGGCUUGCGUUUGCCCUCCUCGUGGCGUGCGGAUAUUUGACAGGCUCAGGCGGCAAUGCCGGAUUGUGCAGUGCAGUCAACUCGACCGCCAAAAGCUUUCCGGACGAAGCGCGCGCAACCGCAGCAGGCAUUGUACUCUCCGGCUUCGGCUUGUCGGCCUUCUUCUUCUCGACAGUGGCGCAUGUAGCAUUCCCAGGGAGCACAUCCUCAUUUCUCCUGCUUCUCGCCCUCGGUACCUCGCUACCCAUGAUUCUUGGCUUUUUUCUGGUUCGACCCGUACCUUUUCAGCCCGUUGAACCAGCCCAUGUUUUGGAAAGCGGUGCACCAGAGGACGAAGACGUGCCUAACGUCACGGUCGAGACGAUCUUCGAGCGGGAAAACAAUUCUCACACGCACCUCCUCAGCCGCAGAGAGUCUCUGGAGGAACACAUGCCCAUUCUGGGUCAUGAACAAUACGCUACUGAAUACGUGGUUCCGCACACAUCUGAUUCGGUGGAGCUCAGUCCGACUCGCGAAGAAUUUCUUGGGCUGAGUAGGCAUCGGUCGAGAAGUCGGUUAGCCAGUCACCGGAGUUUGAGCAGGCCAGUCGUAAAGACCGAAAUGCACCAACCUAACAUACACGGCAAAGCGCUGUGGACAUCAUCAGAUUUCUGGCUAAUCCUAACAAUUAUGUCGCUAUUAAGUGGAACCGGCCUGAUGUAUAUCAACAAUGUGGGCUCGAUCUCCGAGGCCCUAUCUGCGCAGGGCAAUCCUGACUACGAUGAAGUCGAGGCCGCUCGUCUGCAAGCGAGGCAGGUUUCGACAGUAAGCAUAACGAACUGUCUAGGCCGCAUUCUUGUAGGCAUGUUGGCUGAUUUUGUGAAGAACCGACUACACAUGCCAAGGUCCUACUGCGCGACAGUCAUCUCGACGUUUUUCUUGAUAUCUCAGGUGUUGGUCAUCUUCACUGAAGACGCACGGCAACUGUGGAAAGCAAGUGCUCUACUUGGCUUGGCCUACGGAGGGAUGAUGGGAUUGUUUCCUAUUCUUUGCAUAGAAUGGUUCGGGAUGCCUCACUUCUCUGAGAACUGGGGGUUCCUCUCUCUAUCGCCCUUACUAGGCGGGAAUCUCUUCUCCAUCGCAUUCGGUCGUAACCUAGACGCGCACGCCCCUCUCGAAGAUGCCGACCAGAGGGAGACAGCGAUAGUUGGUGUGGCCCUGAACCACGCAGGCCAUGUUGCUAACAAAAUGUCGACCCUUUUCCGACGCGGAGGCGUGCCGUCCCCACAUCAGUGUUUCGAGGGCUCAGAAUGCUAUGUUGCUAGCCUGUACAUGACCACCAUCGCCUGUUCAAUAGCGCUGGGACUGAGUGUCUGGGCUGGCUGGAGGGAUAACAGACGGGCAAGAGAGGCGUUGAAGGAGAGGGCUGGCGGGGAAGUCAUUUGGGAGGAGGAAGAGGAGGAGGCGUAAUAUUCUGCGAUGACUUGUACUAUACAUGUUCGUAUAGAUGAAUAUAGGCUAGGACAUAGAUUGGUAGAUAUUUGCGGAAUUCAUGUUACCACG